UUUCCUAUUCAAAUCAAAUAUACGCACAGUCGUUCAGGGCUCCAGUGGUUUCUUUCCUCCCUCUGUUCAUCAUCAUCAGCCAUGGCGGUUUCUUCCGGCGAGGCGGCGGCAGCUUCUCUUUCGGAUUCGGAUCAUGAUCGCAUACACGUUUUCUGGCACGAAGGAAUGCUCGAGCACGACACGGGUCGGGGCGUCUUCGACUCGGGUAUGGACCCUGGUUUUCUCGACGUCCUGGAGAACCACCCGGAGAACUCGAACCGCGUCAGGAAUAUGGUGUCUGUACUGAAAAGAGGUCCAAUUGCGCCUCUCGUAUCGUGGCACCAAGGAAGGCCUGCGCUCAUCACCGAAUUGCUCACUUUCCACACGCAAGAGUACAUCGAUAAGCUGAUUGAAGCAGACAAAGGCAGCCAAGGCAAGAUCCUAUGUUCCGGAACAUUCUUAAACCCGGGAUCAUGGCGCGCCGCCCUUCUUGCUGCCGGGACAUCUAUAUCGGCAAUGCGGCACAUUCUCGAAGGACAUGGAAAGUUAGCAUACGCCCUGGUUCGACCGCCCGGCCACCAUGCCCAGCCCACUCAAGCUGAUGGAUAUUGCUUUCUAAACAAUGCCGGCCUUGCCGUGGCAUCGGCUCUAAGUUCGGGUUGUAGCAAAGUGGCGGUGAUCGACAUCGAUGUGCAUUAUGGGAACGGGACUGCUGAGGGGUUUUAUCGAUCUAAUAGAGUUUUGACUAUUUCCCUUCAUAUGAACCACGGGUCGUGGGGCCCUUCGCACCCGCAGACCGGCGCAGUCGAUGAGCUCGGUGAAGGUGAAGGCCUUGGGUAUAAUUUCAAUAUACCUUUGCCCAAUGGGUCGGGGGAUCGAGGGUAUUCGUAUGCAAUGCUCGAGCUUGUGGUUCCCGCUGUUGAGAAAUUCCAACCGGAGAUGAUUGUUUUGGUAAUCGGUCAAGAUUCUAGCGCUUUUGAUCCGAACGGGCGGCAAUGCUUGACAAUGGAGGGGUACAGGAACAUCGGGCGGAUGGUUCGCGAAAUGGCGAAAAAGCAUUGCAACGGGCGCAUGCUGGUCGUCCAAGAAGGCGGAUAUCAAAUAACUUAUUCGGCGUACUGUCUGCACGCAACGCUGGAAGGCUCGGCCGGCUUGCCGGUACCUUUGUUGUCGGAUCCGGUGGCUUACUAUCCCGAAGAUGAAUCUUUCACCAUUGAAGUCGUCAAGUCUAUAAAGAGGGUUUCAACUCGGGGACGAAGUGAUGGUUCAAUUUCAUUCUGCAAAUACACAGAGACACCUGCUGAGGAUGCAAGUAGAAAGACAGCCUAUUCCUCUUCCAGACUGAAUCUACACAUCGCAAAUUCUCUCUUCCAGAACGGCGAAUUGACAGUAGCGACAGUACUGCGAGGAAUUUUUCAUUUGAUUGACGAUGGCGGAUAG